UCCAAAAAACCUAGAGCCCUGUUUUUCCAACACAAACAAAAUCAUGUUUAUGGACCUUAGGAAGAUUAAUAACACUGCAUAGAAGUAUCAGAAGCUUCCAAAUUCAGUGCCCCGCCCCCGCGCUUUUCCGGGGAGUAUGAGAAGAGAAAUCUACUAGGGCCAGAAGAAUUUACACCGUAGAAGAAGCGGCGGCGGCGGUAAAACCAGCGGAUUAUGGAGAAGGCAGAGGCGGAGCGGAAGGUCGAGGAAUCUGUGGAAGAAGAUGAUCAGGUGGUAAAUCCAUGGCAAGUUUCGGCUAAAGAUGGGGGUAAAAUCGACUACGACAAGCUAAUUGACAAAUUCGGAUGCCAGAGGCUCCAGCAGUCUCUCGUCGAUCGAGUCCAGCGGCUAACUUCUCGUCCUCCUCAUGUCUUCCUCCGCCGUGGUGUCUUCUUUGCCCAUCGGGAUUUUGAAGAAAUUUUGAAUGUGUACGAGAGGGGAGAGAAGUUCUACUUGUAUACAGGAAGAGGGCCUUCUUCUGAAGCAUUGCAUUUGGGGCAUCUGGUUCCUUUUAUGUUUACCAAAUAUUUGCAAGAUGCAUUUAAGGUGCCCCUUGUGAUACAACUCACUGACGAUGAGAAGUGUAUGUGGAAAAAUCUAUCUGUGGAAGAGUGCCAGAGACUUGCUCGUGAGAAUGCCAAAGACAUCAUUGCUUGUGGUUUUGAUAUUUCGAAAACCUUUAUCUUCUCCGAUUUUGAUUAUGUUGGUGGUGCCUUCUAUAAAAACAUGGUGAAAGUAGCCAAAUGUGUUACAUACAACAAGGUUGUGGGUAUUUUCGGGUUUACUGGUGAAGAUCAUAUUGGAAAAGUUAGUUUCCCACCGGUGCAGGCAGUUCCUUCAUUUCCGAGUUCAUUCCCACAUCUUUUCUCUGGCAAGGAUGAUCUUCGGUGCUUAAUACCUUGUGCUAUUGAUCAGGAUCCUUAUUUUCGAAUGACAAGGGAUGUAGCUCCUCGCUUAGGAUAUCAUAAACCUGCAUUGAUUGAAUCUUCUUUCUUUCCUGCCAUGCAGGGAGAGACAGGAAAGAUGUCUGCAAGUGAUCCUAAUUCUGCCAUAUAUGUGACUGAUUCUGCAAAGGACAUAAAAAACAAGAUAAACAAAUAUGCGUUCUCUGGUGGGCAAGAUUCCAUAGAAAAGCACAGAUUAUAUGGUGCUAAUCUCGAGGUGGAUAUACCCAUCAAAUAUUUGAACUUUUUCCUGGAAGACGAUGCUGAACUUGAACAUAUAACAAAGGAGUAUGGUGCUGGACGCAUGCUAACAGGUGAAGUGAAACAGCGCCUUAUACAAGUAUUAACUGAAAUUGUAGAAAGACAUCGUAGAGCUCGGGCUGCUGUGACAGAUGAGAUGGUUGAUGCGUUUAUGGCAGUCAGACCCCUUCCUAACAUGUUCGACUGAAGAAGUCAUUCUUUGAACCACUAUUUAUCAUUGAAUUCAGGGGCCUACAUUGGAUACAACCAAUGGGGCAGGGCGGGGCGGGGGCUCGUGCCAUGACUCUCUACUCAGAUUAUUUAUCAGUCAAUCCCCCAAAUGUAUCUGAACUUAAAAAAACCAAGAAAACUAUGUUUUGUAGAACGCUGUUAGGUUAGAGAUUUUCAAGUCCAAAGCUUGAUGAGUGAAGAUGGUCAAAUUGAGAUGACUUGUAGUAGGUGAUAUUUGUAGGUCUUUGUUUUGUUUUGUCUUGUUUUUUCUUUUUUAAAAUUAAAAUUUUGACUAUUCCUAC